AUGGAAGCUGCUCUAAGCCCUUCCAUGGCCGCUCCUUCCCCUCCCAUACCUUAUCAGAAAACCAAUUUAUCUCCUUUCUACUACAGCGUGGUGGCCAUUGGAUCGGCUGCCAUCGUGCUAGUAGCAUACAACCUAUUCAUUGUUGGAUGUUGUUCACAACUCCGUUUCUGGAGAUGGCAUGAUCAGAACCCAUCACCAGAAGACACAAGCCUGAGUCUGAGAAACCCCCACCGCUACACUUCUGGCUUAAUUUCCAGUUUCAAGUACCGAAAAGGCGACGAAGCAGCUGGGGAUAUCGAAUGCUCAGUGUGCUUGUCAGUUUUCGAAGAUGGCGAAGAUGUUCGGCAGUUGCCACUCUGUAAGCAUUUGUUCCAUGCUCCAUGCAUAGACAUGUGGCUAUACUCUCACUCCAAUUGCCCACUUUGUCGUGCCGCACUCUAA